AUGCCCUACAAGAGCCCAGAGUCCAUGCCCUACAAGAGCCCAGGGUCCAUGCCCUACACAAGCCCAGGGUCCAUGCCUUACACGAGCCCAGGGUCCAUGCCCUACACGAGCCCAGGGUCCAUGCCCUACAAGAGCCCAGAGUCCAUGCCCUACAAGAGCCCAGAGUCCAUGCCCUACAAGAGCCCAGGGUCCAUGCCCUACACAAGCCCAGGGUCCAUGCCUUACACGAGCCCAGGGUCCAUGCCCUACACGAGCCCAGGGUCCAUGCCCUACAAGAGCCCAGAGUCCAUGCCCUACAAGAGCCCAGGGUCCAUGCCCUACACGAGCCCAGGGUCCAUGCCCUACACGAGCCCAGGGUCCAUGCCCUACACGAGCCCAGGGUCCAUGCCCUACACGAGCCCAGGGUCCAUGCCCUACACGAGCCCAGGGUCCAUGCCCUACAAGAGCCCAGAGUCCAUGCCCUACAAGAGCCCAGGGUCCAUGCCCUACACGAGCCCAGGGUCCAUGCCUUACACGAGCCCAGGGUCCAUGCCCUACACGAGCCCAGGGUCCAUGCCCUACACGAGCCCAGGGCUCAUGCCCUACACAAGCCCAGGGUCCAUACCCUACACGAGCCCAGGAUCCAUGCCCUACACGAGCCCAGGGUCCAUGCCCUACACGAGCCCAGGGUCCAUGCCCUACAAGAGCCCAGAGUCCAUGCCCUACAAGAGCCCAGGGUCCAUGCCCUACACACGAGCCCAGGGGUCCAUGUCCUACACGAGCCCAGGGUCCAUGCCCUACACGAGCCCAGGGCUCAUGCCCUACACAAGCCCAGGGUCCAUACCCUACACGAGCCCAGGAUCCAUGCCCUACACGAGCCCAGGGUCCAUGCCCUACACGAGCCCAGGGUCCAUGCCCUACAAGAGCCCAGAGUCCAUGCCCCACAAGAGCCCAGAGUCCAUGCCCUACACGAGCCCAGGGUCCAUGCCCUACACGAGCCCAGGGUCCAUGCCCUACAAGAGCCCAGAGUCCAUGCCCUACACGAGCCCAGGGCUCAUGCCCUACACGAGCCCAGGGUCCAUGCCCUACAAGAGCCCAGAGUCCAUGCCCUACUCGAGCCCAGGGUCCAUGCCCUACAAGAGCCCAGAGUCCAUGCCCUACACGAGCCCAGGGUCCAUGCCCUACACGAGCCCAGGGUCCAUGCCCUACAAGAGCCCAGAGUCCAUGCCCUACACGAGCCCAGGAUCCAUGCCCUACAAGAGCCCAGGGUCCAUGCCCUACACGAGCCCAGGGUCCAUGCCCUACAAGAGCCCAGAGUCCAUGCCCUACACGAGCCCAGGGUCCAUGCCCUACACGAGCCCAGAGUCCAUGCCCGAUCCACAGGUGCUUUCAGGCCAAAACGCCUCCUUCUGGAUUUUCGCUUUUCCUCAUCUUUUCUUUUUUUCCUAA